AUGGCACAUGGAGCUAGUCGUUAUAAGAAGUCAAGGGCUAAGAUGCGUUGGAAGUGGAAGAAAAAGAGAACAAGACGUUUGCAAAAAAAAAGAAGAAAAAUGAGACAAAGAUCUAGGUAA